AUCACCACGUUCAAUUCAAUAAAUAAUUUUCUAAACACAUCUGACAAUAAUGUUCAUAUUUUUUUAUUUUAAUUCUCACCACUAAUAGUGCUGCAAACUGGAAAACCUAAAUCGGUACAAGAUGUGACAUGAAAGUGAUAAAGAGAACCUAAAAAAUCUUCCGAAAAAAGUACAUUGUCAAAGUCUAUUUAUAUACCUAUAUAAUAAUCGUUAUUAAUUACUAAUUAUAAUACUUUGUAAUUAAGAAAUUUUUCAUAAGAGAAAUUUUUGGAUGAUUUUAAAAUAAUAUAGAUUAAUUAUAUAUAUACAUGUUUCAGUAAAAAAGGCGGGAAAUUUUUGUGAUAAUGUUUUCUAGGUGUAAAUAACAAUGUUAGAAUGUGAAAUUGUAAUACAUAUUAUUAAUGUUCUUUAUUAACAUUUUGAAUCAAGGAGAAAUAUUAAAAAAAUAUGUAUAUAAAUAUAAUAUAACGCCUUUAUAAUAAUGGCUGAUGAAAAAUUGAUAAAUGUGAUACGAAAUACCUUUUCAUUAUAUGGACUUAUAAUUUCAAGGAAACUCAGUGUUUCACUUGCAAAGGAACUUCUAAACGUAGAAGAAAAUGAACGUGAAAUAUGGUUGACACAAAUAGCAGAACAAGUUUUAUCUCAAGAUUUAAGUGAUACGCACGUAACUGUUGAAAAUUUGCAACUAGCAAUACAAGAGUGUAUAAAACCCAAUACAUUAAAGAAUACAGAAACAGUAUUAAAUGUCAUAAAUGUAUUUGAUGUUCCUAGAAUUAAAUAUGACUUGUCUAAGAAAAAAUUCGUUUUGGAAUCUAUAACACCAGAUUUAUAUCCUGAAGCACAAUAUAAAUCUACAAUUUUUAAAGAUAGAUUUGAGUUGCUUUGGUACAGAACUUUGAGACAUGAAUUAUUCAUUCCUCCAAUGCUUGGUGAAAAAAAAGAAAAUUGGAUUGAAUUGGUACCAAUUGAAUAUCUGUUGAGUGAAAGUAAAGAAGGAAAUGUAUAUGUUAUGGGUCUUCUGUCUCAAUUAGUAGAGGGACAAUAUUAUCUGGAAGACACAGGAGGUUCAAUAAAAGUUGAUUUGCGAGAAGCAAAUUUUCAGGAUGGUUUGAUCAUGGAAUGUUCUAUUGUAAUAGCUAAUGGAGAUUUUCAUGAUGGUGUUUUAUACGUGAAAAAUUUAGGUUUUCCACCAGCAGAAUCAUCUAAUAAUGCACGUGUGGAUUUUGGUAAUGCUAAUGCAUUUGGUGGUCCAAGUGAGUUUUCUUUGAAACUUUCGGAAAAAUUAAAAACUUAUGAAGAAAGUAACAAAGAUGGAAUGAUUGUUUUUGUAUCUGAAAUGUGGUUAGAUGAUAAAACUGUUUUACGUAAAUUUAAAACUAUGUUGGAAGGAUAUUCUGAAUAUCCACCUAUAGCUUUCGUAUUAUGUGGACAUUUCUUAAGUUUUCCUGCAAAAUCAUCGAGCGGACAGAAAUUGGUAGAGGGACUUCAAAAUCUUGCUGAUAUAAUAAUGCAAUAUCCAGAUAUAAAACGAGAUUCCAAAUUUAUUUUUGUACCUGCCAUAAAUGAUAUUGGAUCACCAAAAAUUUUGCCAAGAUUACCACUUCCAAACAACCUUACUGAAGAUUUUAGGAACAAUAUACCUGGAGCAAUAUUUGCUACUAAUCCAUGUAGAAUUCAGUAUUGUACAAAAGAAAUUGUGGUAUUAAGGGGAGAUAUUCUAACAAAAAUGUGUAGGAAUACACUUCACUUUCCAUUUCAAGGCAAUAUUUACGACCAUUACGCUAAAUCAAUUAUCUGUCAAUCUCAUUUGACUCCCUUAAGUCUUCCGAUGUUACCGAUAUAUUGGAAAUAUAAUCAUUCAUUACAAAUAUAUCCUACUCCGGAUCUUAUUGUAACUGCAGACAGAUUUGAAGCAUAUGAAACUGUCUAUUCUAAUUGUCAUGUGAUUAAUCCAGGAUCAUUUUCGAAGAACGAUCAUUCGUUCAAAGUAUACGUUCCAGCACUAAAUUUAAUUGAACAUUGUGCUAUUCCCAAAGAUAUGGAUAGUGUUUAAUUAUAAAUUGUUUUUAAUUUCUGAAAAUAAAAUAUUAACAAGUAAAAUGUAA